AUGCCUUAUUACGCAGUGACCCGGGGUCACCGAGUCGGUGACUUUCCCACCUGGGAUGAGUGUCGGCUGCAAGUCAGUGGAUACCCAGCUCCAGUCUUUCGGCGUUUUUUUCGAUUUCACGAUGCCAAGGAGUUUCUUCGCCGAGGACUACAGUCUAGCAUUUCCAUCAGGGCCAUAAUUAACAGCACCCUGUUCCAGCGAGGCCCAGAAGGAAAAAUAUCUAUCUACACUGACGGAGCCUGCACCGGAAACGGCACCUCUGAAGCUCGCGCAGCCAUCGGGGUAUUCUUCAAUGAGAAUCACCCAGAAAAUAUUUCUAGGUGUGCCCCUAACCGCAAGACCAACAACGGUGCCGAGUUAGAGGCGAUUCGAGAAGCAGUUCGGAUCGCUAAGCGCCAUCAAUUAAAGGGAGUUCUCAUCUACACGGACUCUGGUUUCAUAGUUAAUAGCCUGUGCCACUGGCUACGUCUCUGGAGAAGCAGAAACUGGCGCACUUCUUCCGGUCGCCCUGUGAUCUACAAAGAUGAGCGGCUGUUGCUCGCUGCCGAUCCAGAGGUACUAGACAAGCAAGUCAAACACGUCCCCGGUCACCUUGGAGUGCUUGGAAAUGAGUGCGCAGACCAGCUGGCGCAAAAGGCAUUGUCGGCAUCCGCGCCUCCGCCCACAGACAUCUAG